ACGUGGCAAUCACCCUUCAGCACCGGCCCUUUCCUUCCCUCUCUUGCAACACUUGAACGGAGUCUCCUUCUUCACUUUCUCACCUCCUUUAUGGGAUUUCUUCAAUUUCAUCGUCUUCCCCAAAAUCUCAUCUAGGACUCCGGUAACAGAAAAAUAAAUACCCUACGAAGAAAUUUAAUCAUGGAUAGGCUCAUUAGUUUGGAGCCAUCCAAUCUUGUUGCAAUCAGGAUCGAUCCAGGGCAGAAAUGUUACGGGGAGCUCACACUGCGCAAUGUUAUGUACACCACGCCGGUAGCAUUCAAGCUGCAGCUGGUGAACAAGCCCCGGUACAGUGUCAAACCCCAACCAGGGAUUAUACCGCCACUCGUAACGUUGACGGUUGAGAUUGUUUACCAUCUUCCUCCAGCCUCAAUGUUUCCGGACAAGUUCCCUCACUGUGAUGAUUCAUUCCUUCUCCAUAGCGUGCUGGUUCCCGGUGCUGCGAUCAAGGAUCGGUCGUCGACUUUUGAUACAGUACCGAAUGAUUGGUUCAGGACAAGGAAGAAGCAGGUGUUUAUAGAUAGUGGGACGAAGGUGAUGUUUGUGGGUUCCUCUGUUUUGGCUCAUCUUGUGAUAGAUGGGGGAAUGGAUGAAAUGAGGGAGAGCAGACCUGAUAUUGUUCAGUUACUCUUAGAACUUGAGGUGGAUAUUGAGUUGCAGAGUCGCUCUGGCUCCACACCGCUUGAAGCUGCUGCAGGUGCAGGGGAAGCCCUAAUCAUCGAGCUUUUAUUGGCUCACAAGGCCUGCGCAGAGCGGUCUUCCAAUUUGCUGCUGGUGAAGAAGGGGGCAGAUGUGGAAGCAAGGACCGAAAAAGGAGUCACGCCACUGCAGAUUGCAGAGUCUCUGCACUAUGCAGGGAUUAGUAGGAUCCUUGUUCAUGGUGGAGCAAUGAAUGGUCGUGGCAUGGGGCAGGAUGUGACCGCAACACUUGGAAUACCUUUCGGUAAUGGGAAACCGGGGAAGGAGGUGGAGAGCAAGACGACGGCGAUGAAGAGAGGACGGGGAGAGCGACGGUGUUAAGGGGUAGCUUUGAUACGUCAUUCAUGGCACCUGUAGCUGUGCUUUAGGUGGAAAUUAAUUAUGAGUUCUUUU